AUGGGUUCUCUGGUUCUGCCGCUGAGCGCUGUCUUCUGCCUGGUGGCUCACUCGGCUUCCGGCAGCCCCAUCAUGGGCCUUGAGCAGUCGCCCCUGGAAGAAGACAUGCCCUUCUUUGAUGAUAUUUUCACGGAGCAGGAUGGUAUUGACUUCAACACACUAUUGCAGAGCAUGAAGGACGAGUUUCUCAAGACGUUGAACCUGUCAGACAUUCCAGUGCAGGAUGCAGGCAGAGUGGAUCCGCCGGAGUACAUGCUGGAGCUCUACAACAAAUUCGCCACAGACCGGACGUCCAUGCCGUCUGCUAAUAUCAUCCGGAGCUUCAAGAAUGAAGAUCUGUUUUCUCAACCAGUCAGUUUUAAUGGGCUCCGGAAAUACCCUCUCCUCUUCAAUGUGUCGAUCCCUCACCACGAAGAGGUCGUCAUGGCCGAACUGAGGUUGUACACGCUGGUGCAGAGAGAUCGUAUGAUGUAUGAUGGUGUGGACCGUAAAAUCACCAUUUUUGAGGUAUUAGAGAGUGCAGAUGGUAGCGAAGAGGAAAGGAGCAUGCUGGUCUUGGUAUCAACAGAGAUCUACGGAACCAACAGUGAGUGGGAGACAUUUGACGUCACAGAUGCCACCAGACGCUGGCAAAAGUCAGGCUCAUCAACCCAUCGGCUGGAGAUCCACAUCGAAAGCAGGCAAAACCAAGCUGAGGACACCGGAAGGGGACAACUGGAAAUAGAUGUGAGCGCCCAGAAUAAGCAUGACCCUCUGCUUGUUGUGUUUUCUGAUGACCAAAGCAAUGACAAGGAGCAGAAAGAAGAACUGAAUGAAUUGAUCGCCCAUGAGCAGGACCUGGACCUGGACUCCGACGACUUCUUCAGUGGACCUGGUGAAGAGGCUCUGCUGCAGAUGAGGUCGAACAUGAUCGACGACUCUUCUGCUCGGAUCAGGAGGAACGCCAAGGGGAACUACUGUAAGAAGACUCCACUGUACAUUGACUUCAAGGAAAUUGGCUGGGACUCCUGGAUCAUCGCUCCUCCUGGGUACGAGGCCUAUGAAUGCCGCGGUGUGUGUAACUACCCUCUGGCAGAGCACCUCACACCUACAAAACACGCAAUUAUCCAGGCCUUGGUCCACCUCAAGAAUUCCCAGAAAGCUUCCAAAGCCUGCUGCGUGCCCACGAAGCUGGAUCCCAUCUCCAUCCUCUAUUUAGAUAAAGGUGUCGUCACCUACAAGUUUAAAUAUGAAGGAAUGGCCGUGUCUGAAUGUGGCUGUAGAUAG